AUGUCAUUUCGAAUUCUGUCAAGGGCCCUUAGAUCUGCUCCUCGAACUACAUUGCUCAGUACUGCUAUCCUAGCGCCUAGGCCAGUAGUAACCGUUCCUAUACUACAGAAUGUGCGAACUUAUGCAAAAAAGAGCAAAGACAAUAAAAAGUCUAAAGCUGAACAACAAGACGUGGGAGCAGAAGUCAAAGAACCCUUAUUUAACCAAGGUCAGUUUGAAGCACGCUUUGAGCAAUGUGUUCAAUCUCUAAAGGAGCAUUUGUCCAACAUUCGCGUUGGCAGAGCUAAUCCAUCAUUGUUGGAUGCCGUAAAGGUUAAUAUUGAACACUCAAACUUUCCGUUAAGAGACCUCGCACAGAUCACAGUGAGGGACCCACAGACCUUGAUGGUGAUGGUGCAUGAUACUGAUUAUACAGCAUCUGUAGAUAAAGCUAUCCGUAAUGCAGGAUUGGGUUUGAAUCCAAUUGUUGAAAGUAAAGGAAUUCGUGUGCCUAUUCCCAAACCCACAAAGGAAUCUCGAGAUAAAAUGGCCAAACUGGUUAAUACAACAGGUGAACAGACAAAGGCCAAGAUUAGGUCUAUUCGUCAGGAUGGCAUGAAGCUAUUAAAAGAAGACAAGAAGCAUCAAUCUGCAGAUGAUAUUAAGAAAAUGGAAAAAUUGGUUCAAACGAUGACAGACAAGUAUAACAAGUUAAUAGACGAUCUAUUAAAAGUAAAAUCCAAGGAAAUUCAAUUGUAA